AUGUAUCGCACUCUAGGAAAAGUCCCUCCCGUCUCCAAGAGGUUAAUUGCCUCCUAUGUCCUCGACUGGAUCAUCAUCUUCGCUACCGCGGGCGCUGGCCUUGCCCUCGGUCGCUUCGAGCCGCACAAGCGCCACUUCUCCCUGAUGGACCCAACCAUAUCGUUCCCAUACACAGAAAAGGAGCUUGUGCCCAUCUGGCUCGCCGGUGUUAUCAGUGGCGGCAUCCCAAUCGCCCUCGUUAUUCUUGUAUCACUGAUCUUCGUGCCUGGGCCAACUGUGCCCGUUGGCACACCCAAGGCCAUCGUCUGGAGACGCAAGCUAUGGGAGCUGCAUGUUGGAUUGCUAGGUCUUGGUCUCUCCCUUGCCACCGCUCUGUUCUUCACCGAGGCCACCAAGAACAUCUUUGGCAAGCCCCGCCCUGACAUGCUCAGCCGAUGCCAGCCAGACAUUGAGAACUGGAAGAACUACAUUGUUGGCGGGUAUGAGCUGGGCAGCAUGGACGGCCGUGUCGUCUCGGCUGCCAUCUGCCAGCAGACCGACUCCAAGAAGCUCGACGACGGAUUCCGCUCCUACCCUAGUGGUCAUUCAUCCACCGCUGCCGCCGGUCUGCUCUACCUAAGUCUCUUCCUCGCCAGCAAGCUGUCCGUCAGGAUCCCCUUCGCCAUGCCUUCCGCCUCUGCCCUCUCCCGAGCCGAUGCCUACGCCGCCUUCCCGGUCUCUGAGCGCAAGGCCACCUCCCCCGAGCCCUACGAGCCCCUCGCCAAGCCCGCCGGAAAGGCCUUCCACGCUUUCCGCAGCCAGGCCGCCUCUCCGCCUCUUUACCUGCUCUUCCUCAUCACCGUGCCCUUCUCGGUGGGCGUCUUCAUCGCCGCCUCGCGCUGGUACGACUACCGCCACCACGGCUUCGACAUCCUCUUCGGCUUCACCAUGGGCGCCAUCCUCGCCAUCAACAGCUUCCGCUUCUACCACACCCCCAUCAGCGCCGGUGCAGGCUGGGCAUGGGGCCCCCGAAGCCACAGGCACGCCUUCUGGUCCGGCAUCGGCCUCUUCGGCUACAGGAGCAACGCGGGCGAGGUGCACCAGCAGCAGUACACCGAGGUGUCGGGGAGGGACAUGACGGAGCUCCGAGGCCCCACGCCCGACAUCGAGGCCAACCUCUCCUCCAACCGCGCAAGGAACGACUACGAGCUGCAGCAGAUGCAGCACCAGCAGCAGGACGCUGGGUUUGAUUUCGGGACGCACCCCACGACGCAAAGCAACCGCAUCUGA